CUCGGCAUGGCUGGCCGUCGGCUCUCCAUGAUGUCGUUUGACUCAUUAUAAUCUAUCUGAUAUUCUCUUUGUGAUGAACAUCACGUCUUAAAGUGCCCCUCUUCUAUAUCACUACCAAUUUUUUCUCUAUCCAAUUGUUCAAUGCCACCCCCGCAAUCGGCAAAUCGACCUUGAACGCCACCAUGCCGGACAACAAGCACGCGACAGCAACGGAAACUCGGGCAGAAGAGCCAGUAGUACAACCCGCUGUCGAACCUGUCCCAGAGCCCUACGAGGAUGCCCAAGGCGUGGACUUAGAGAAGGGGAAACAAAGGAACUCCGACUUGGAUCUGGUACACAUCCAAAGCCAUGCCUCGGCACACGAUAUACCCAACAUACCAUACCGCGAGUCUGGAGAUGAGAUAUACGACAAAUUUACCCAUGGCAAGAAGAUCGGGAUAGUCUCCGUUCUGGCCUUUUGUUCUUUCUUGGCUCCAAUGGCAUCGACAACUGUACUUGCUGCUGUGCCUGAGGUCGCGGAAACGUACAAUACCACUGGUACCCUCAUUAACGUUAGCAACGCGCUAUACAUGCUGUUUAUGGGACUAUCUCCGAUGUUCUGGGGGCCUGUUGGUCAAGUCUAUGGAAGACGAUGGACUCAAUUGCUCAGUGCCAUCUUGUUCGCUGGCUUUUCGAUUGGCACUGCAUUGGCUCCUAACUUGGCUUCGUUCUUCAUCUUCCGUAUCUUGACAGCAUUCCAAGGAACCUCUUUCCUCAUCAUUGGUAGUUCCUGUAUCGGCGAUAUCUAUCGUCCGACAGAGCGUGCCACUGCCCUCAGUUGGUUCUUCUCGGGAACACUUAUUGGACCUGCCAUGGGUCCUCUACUGGGCGGCAUCAUUGUCACUUACAAGAGCUGGCGCGAUAUUUUCUGGCUGCAGACUGGAUUAGCUGUCUUUGCAACUGUGCUAUGCUGCUUCUUCCUACCAGAGACUAUCCACUACAAGAAGGCCGUCGAACUCGAGGGUCUUACAAAGGGUCAAAAGGCAAAGAAGUUGUGGUCGUGGACCAACCCUCUGCGUGUUGUUGAGCUGUACCAAUUUCCGAAUCUGUUCAUCGUUGGACUUGCCUCAAGUUCGCUUGUCUUCAACAUGUACAGCUUGCUCACACCGAUUCGUUAUGUUAUCAACCCUCGCUUCAACCUUACGUCGCCAAUUCAGUCAGGUCUCUUCUACAUUGCGCCAGGAUGCGGCUAUCUGUUAGGCACGUUCUUCGGAGGCCGCUGGGCAGACUGCACAGUACGCAAAUGGAUCGACAAACGGGACGGUGAGCGCGUACCCGAGGAUCGACUUCGCUCAUGCCUCGUGUUUAUGGGUGUCAUCAUUCCAGGUUGCAUGUUGAUCUACGGAUGGUCAAUCGAGAAAGACAAGGGUGGAAUUCCCCUUCCGGUCAUUGUCAUGUUCAUUCAGGGAGUAGCACAACUCUUCUGCUUCCCUUCGUUGAACACAUACUGCUUGGAUGUCAUGCAAAAGCGUUCGUCAGAAGUGGUUGCUGGCAACUACAUGCUGCGAUAUCUGUUUGCUGCUACCGGAACAGCAGCAUGUCUACCUGCUGUUGAGAAGAUUGGAGUUGGAUGGUUCAGCACAAUCAGUGCUGGAUUUUUGUGUUUCUCAGCAGUGCUGACGUGGACGGUCACCAUUUGGGGCCGUGGAUGGAGAGAAGAUAUCCUUCGCAAGAAAGAAGAGAAGGUGGCUAGAAAGCAAGGAAAGGCAGGCGGGACAUGAUACCGAGGUGGUCAUGCAUAGAUCGAGACAAUAUAUAUGAUAGAUAACGAUGAAUAUGAGAUUGACCAUAUCACCCAUCUUUG